CUUGUUUAUUAAUAAUGAGGAGUAGAACCUAUUACAUUGUCCUGAACAUUUGCCAUUCGAGUUUAGUGAAUUUAGGAAGCUAUAUAUCGCUGGGCCACCAAGGUUUGGUCGCCUUGUACCAGAGUGCCAAGGCGCUCCGCCCAGAUCUCGACACCGACAAAAAUCCCGCGCUCUCCCUCGUCGUCGCUCCUCUGGCUCAGUCCGUGAUGAGCCGUGCGUACUGUCAAGUGGUCGAAGAUCCAACAAUACGCAUCAAGCAUCAUCCUGUGCGCUUCUGGCUCUUCGCGUCCAGUCCACAGCUAUUGCGGGAGCGGGCAGUAGCUGCCUUCGUCGCUGCAUACUUGGUGGCCUCUGUUUGGUCUCUUGUACUGCGGCUGUGGUUUUGUAUCGGACUUAUUGCAAGCUUUAAUAAAGCAUGGAAUUUGAUGUGUCUCUAAUCUCCCCCUCUAGAUCGGCUGUCGAGACCGGACGAGCAUGAAAGAGCUAGGAAAAGGGCUGGUGCGGUCCGAUAUAUUGGAUAGCUCCUGGGCCCAGAGUCGCGCCGGGCGGCAUGCUCCUUGUUGCCAACCGGGCCCCUCUGCUGCACAAUGUGAACGAUGUAAAUUUUGAACUUAACGUCACCAAGGAGCAGAGCCGGAGAGGCUUUGGCGUGAGCAUGAAAUCAGACCGGGUCGUACUCGUAGAGAUGUGAUUGGGAGUUGUGCUCCUGUUUCCCUCCAAUUAGUUUCUACAUAACCGAUUUUUAGGUAUGUCACCUUGUUAAUUCUGCCAUUGUGGGCCUUGAGUUCCCA